AUGGCUGGAUGGAAGGAAGCACGUGAAGGUGGACGCAGAGGCGGACGCGGAGAGGCGUCGCGUCAGUCGCGUCGAGGUCAAGGACUGCCGCCGGAGGAGCACAAGGCCCUGAACGACGUUGUCCGGGAGGGUCGGAAGGCUGGCGCGGAGAAGCGCAAGGCGGCCCUGGAAGAGAAGAAGAAGGCGUCGGCGACCGAUCAAGAUCAAGCGGCCCCGGAGUCCUCCGUUCUGGAUGCGCACCAAGCAAAUCAGGAUGAGGUUCCGGAGGCGGACUCGACCGAGUCUGUGCCGGCCGGCACCGAAUGUGUCCCAGACCCGGUGACGGGACUGGAUGAGGGUGAGUCCGCACAGGAUGAUGAACCCGCCCAGGCGUCUGUGGGAGGCGCCGAUGAGGUUGAGCCCCCGGCUGAGGAUCGUGUUUCGGACUCUCCCCGGCCGGAUGAUGAAGUCGAGAUUCUGAACGAAGCCCCGGCGAUCAAGCACGAAGGCCCGCUGUCGACUGUCCAAGAAGACGGCGUACUGAAUGACGAAGCCGAGAUCCGGUCUGCGCUCGCGCAAUCCAGUCCGGCCGCGACCGCCCAAGCUCCCGCGCUCAAGAUUGAAGCCCAAUCCAGUCCGGCGCCCUCGGAUUCGCGAGGACCCGACGAGACCAAGGCUCAAGUGAGCGAGGCUCAGGCGAAGGCGUACGUGGCCGAACAAGUGCGUCGCUGGGAGCAGCAUCGUGAACGCGCUGCCGUCCCGCUCAAGGUGGAGUACGCCUGGCCCGAGGCGGCCCCCGACUUCAGCGAAUGGUGGACUGCCGCGCUGGCGACGUCGAAGUACCUGUCGGACCGAAUGGCCAUGGCGAGUCAAGACGCUGCGUGGAUCGCGGAGCUUGGUCCGGUACGGCUGGAGCUGUGCCUGGCAAAGGACGUCUCCGGCAUCGUGAUUCCGCCGAGCAUCCUUUCGCCGCUCGAGUGCGUUGCGCUCAUCCAGUCUCUCCUCUUCGCUGCCGGUUUCAGGUUUCACAACCUGAUCCUUAUGUGGUUCCAGUCGCAGUCGUCCAGAGUCGCACCGAGUCUGGUGCGCUCUGUGGUCGAGGACGUCCAGCAUUUCCUCGCGUUCGAGCUGAUCGAGUGGCGCGAGUUGGCAUCCGGUGUGCCCUUCAAGAUCGUACUGGGUGCGCCGGACGUCCAAAACCAGACCGAGUCGAACGUGGGAAACUCUGGAUCGACACUGUCGCAAGCUGCGCGAGCACCGAUCCUGGACUACCAUGCGGAAGACAACGACGGAGAUCUAUUGAUGUCGGAUUACGAAGCUGGACUAUUGGAUCGCGAGUUCGUCCUGCGCCUACGAGUGGCCGGACUCCGGAGGACACGAAGCCCGCAAGGGUCGUCCACCCGCGAACCGGGUUCCAAGCGCCCGCAGCACGGACCGCCUCGCCCGCCGUCCAUCCAGUCCGUGUCGUCGAUCCCGUCCGCGCUGCCGCUGUCCACGCCGUCGCUGUCCUCGCUCCCGUCGUACCACGCGUCCAGCGAGUCUGAGCGCGCAUCCGGUACUGGAGUGUUGGCGCAACCGGGUCCGCCAUCUCGUUCACCCUCGGAUCUUGAUUCGAGCCUGUUCGGGACGACGGCUGGAUCCAACGAGUCGAUAUUCAGUGCGGCGUCAGCAGCUCGAUCGUCCAGAGGCAGCUCGUCUUCGUCGUCGCUGUGGUCCGGACACGAUGUCUCGAGGCACAUGUCUGCGAUUGGGUACGGACCCAUGGUGAUGACCGCGCAGGCAGGAGCGAUCCAGCCUGGCGCAGGCGGAGGAGUCGUCGAGAUCACCCGGACAGCAUCGACGGCGGUGGAUCAGGACGAUGUCGUUAUGUCGGACCACCGUCCGGAGUGA